AUGACCGCCGAAGAUCGUAUCUUCCUCAAGCAGCUUCAGGAGCUCCGCCUCGAUCAAUUGCGUGGGCACGCGCUUGGAGAUGCUAGAGAGGUCAUCGCACGCGCUGAAGCAUUGGGUCCGCAACGUGAGUUGGAGCACGCGGAGCGCGACCGUCAAGCUGCCCUCCGAUUGGAGGAGAAUGCACGGAAGAAGAAGGAAGAGGAGGAAUCUCGCCGUUUGGAGGAGCUGUGCCGCUUGGAGGAGGAACGUCAGCGGCAGGAGGAGGAGAAGCGUAGAAAAGAGGAGGCCAGGCGCAGACAGGAAGAACUUAGGCGUCGCGCAGAGGAGCAGGCGCGCCUUCGUGAGCAACGCGAACGCGAACUCCAAGCCAAACGAGAGGCUUUCCGUAAAGCUCAGGAGGAAGCUGAACGUCGAGCCCGUGAGCAAGCCGAGCAGCGCCUUCGGGCAGAAGCUCGACGACAGGAAAGGCAGCGCCAAGAAGAACUUCGUUGCAAUAAAACUCAAGCGGAUAUUGUUGCUUUUUUCCAGCUCUACGAUGCAAAGUGGCAAGAGCUCAAACUAAGCAAGAAUUUGGCUUCAGUCAUGCUCUGCGAGAUGCCGUGGCCCACCUUUCAGCAAGGCUGUACAUCCCCUGAUGACAUCUCGCGCCGCAGCAUGGAGGAAUUCAUCUUCCACCCCCUCCGCCCAGGGAUCGAGACCAAGUCGCGCAAGGACCGACUGAAGGCAGAGGUACUUCGAUUCCACCCCGACAAAUUUAACUCACACACCGUGCACAAAUUGCGGGAGUGCGAUAGGGGAAAGGCGAUCGAAAUUGCGGGAGCGCUGGCUAGAAUGCUGACGAAUAUGAUGGCUGAAGAGAUUCAGAAAGAGACGGGUCGAUAG